CUUUAACCCAAAGUCAGGCCUACCCAAACAGUGCGGGCCGACCCGUCACCAACCAGAAGUUUCUGCAACAGGAGAUGUAAACUUCGUACCGCGCAAAGAGAGAGACAGAGACAGAGCCACGUCCGCACCUCGGUGACCCGGAUUGGCUCAAAGAAUGUCGGCGUCGGAGUUACCUGACGAGAUGUGGAGGCGAAUUGUGGAAAUCGGAAUCGAGCUUUUGAAUUUGACCUACAAAGACGUCUGCUGCCUCUCGAUUACUUGCCGGCGUCUCAACAGAAUCACCGGCGAGGAUUCUCUCUGGAAUACUCUGCUCUCCUCUGAUUUUCCUCGGCCUCAGCACGGCGAUCCUUCGUGCUCGUCUUUCACCUCCAGUAAUAAGAAAUCCCUCUACAAAAUAAGAUAUGAAAGGGAUAGGGAGCGGAGGCGCAUGUCUUACAGAAGGAUUGUUUUGAGAAUUGAGAGUGAUGUCGCUCAGCACGUGAGGAAGAUUCAGGAGUUGGAACGUCAAUGUUCGGAGGAGGAAAGGAAGAUGAAAAAUGCUGUUGUUGAGCUGACGAGUUUGCAGAGGGUGAGGCAAGCAUCUGUUGCACUAAAUGUGUGGCAGCCAGAUGUUAUUCGAGGCAGACAAAGAGAGAUGGUUGAGCAGUGCAAUGUACCUGUUGAUGUUCGAGUCAAUUCAGUUGAAAUGGAGCUCAAGAUUUGCAGGCAACAAAUUGAGGGACUUAAAAAGGCCCUGAGUGUUGAAAAGCGAAGGCUAGAAGCUGCAAAAGAAAAGUUGCAUUCAGUGAAAUAUCACCCAUUGCAAGAGAAUAACCUGCCACCACUCAACCCACCCGGCACUCGACGCAAAAAGUUGAAAUCUUCGUAAAAUGUUAUAUAGAAGAAUACAAGAAUAUGAAAAGGAUAUUGCUCGGCUCAUGCAUUGUUGUCCUUGCAGAAUUGUGGAGAUUGUACUACCAGCUUGAAAAAGAAAACAGCAGUUCAUCGAGUUAUUCCUUUGCUAGAACUUCCAACAAGGACGACAUUUGACUUACGCGUGGUUCUGAAGCCCCAAACUGCCAAGAUGAUGAGGAGCAGUGAGGUCGGCCUUGAGCCCUUGGAGAACUUGCCGAUGAACCUUCCCGCUCUCCACAUGAAAUGUUCAAGCAUUCUAAAAUCGUGCCUGUACUCUAUGCGACUGGGUGGGCUUUGAUUUAAGAUUUGGCUCAUUUGUUGAGAUGGGGAACAAAAGUUUGAACCUUAAACCAAGGAAUAAUAGGAGGUUUACAGUAGGGGCAGCUUUCAUUGCUGCAUGCUACAACAUUUCUAGGGAAAGCUAGAAAUGGUGUGGUUCAUAAUGGAAAUUUGGCCUCUGUAAACCAGACAGACUUGCAGUAAAACAAACUAUCAAGUUUCUACUUAUCUUUUUUGGCUGAUGCUUGGGUUUUAAUU